AGUCUUUGUUUACGUUUAUUCCUGGCACGUUUUGAAAAUCAUAAAUUCUGGAAAUUUAAGUGUAUUUAAAAAACUUCAAAAUGAUUACAUGAAAGAAUUGUAAUCAUUGAAUAUAGCGACACUAGAAUAGUCAUUCAGGAGCGUGUUGAAUAUUGAAAUUUGGCUGAUUUAUGGAACAGUUGAAAAUUAAAAAUCUCGUUAUCGAGUACAGAUCAAGAAUACAAGCAGGAAACUGUUUCAUUCAUUUUAAUAAUGCUCUUGAUCAACAUCAGACAAAGGUGUCUUUGAAAGCAACAGAAAUCAUUAUUCAGGUCGACGAUGAUGUUUAUAAAGUUGAAACAAAAGAAUUUUUCGACAUCAAUAUUAAGUCGUUCCAUUCACUGCUCGUCAAGGAUACUUUCAUCAGCUUUAGAUUUAUCACAGCAAACAACAAGCAAUUUGAUACUGAAGUUCUCAAAGUAAAUGGAUCUUAUGAUAAAGGACAGAGAAUUAAAUUAAAUUUCGAUUCGAGUAAUGGAGAAGAGGAAGAAGUUUCUGUAACUUGCUCUAAUUGUGGAUCUCUUUUAACCACCUCUAAGACUAUCACUUUAAAACGGAUUCUCGAACUGCCAUCAAACAAUUUAGACGUCUCAGAUUGGUUUUGUCAUCGACAUAAUGAUGAGAAAAUUUUUAACAACUCACACACGGAACGUGACUCAUCAUCGAACUGUUUUAACGAAGAAACGCAACAAUUUCAACCAAAGACAAAUGAUUUAUUCUAUGGACCAUUUUGCCUUCUUAUGAAUUCUUCGCUUUUUGAAAAAAGUCGUUUUAGGCAAAAAAGAAACUUAAUUCAUUGCAAACGAUGUCUUCAAUUGCUGGGCGAAAGCAAUUCAAAUUCGCAUAUAAAGUUUUGGUGGGAAAGCAUUCAUUUCACAAAUAAACUUUUCUUUGCCGUAGACAACCCAAUCGUUCUCAUUAAAAAUGUUAUCAGAAAUCAUCUCUCAACCGAUGGUCUAGUAGUUGUUACUCCUAUUGUAAAAAUAAUCUUCGAAACUACAAUUCCAAAUGCUGAUCAAAAGAUGCACGUACUCAUUCAAGUAAUGGAGAAACAUCUUCAACUACUUCAGUUAAAUAUGGAAAGCUCUCAACUUGCUGAAAAGAAAUCGAUAAAAGUUAUGUACCUGAUGCUAAACCAAAGCAAUGCUGACGACGAAAGAACGCUUAAAUAUUGGCAGAAAGACAUCAACACAACAACAUUUGAGUUAUCAUUUAAAAUGUUUCAUACGCUUUGUGAAUAUCUCAAAACUCAAUCGGAAUUAAUACCAGAAGUUUAUCGUACUAACAAUUGCUUCCAGCUGAGUUACAUUGAGUUAAGCAAUGUAAAUGUUUGAGAAUAAACUUCUUGAAAAUAUUUUUACACAAAGAAAGAAAAACAAUAAAUUAAAUAUUUAUUAAACUAAAUAAGUUUCUAUUCUAAAUAUACUUUUCUUAAUGACCU